GCUGAGCUUGCGGAGAGUUCGCACAACCUUCCCAUGGCAGCAGCACACGUUUUGGCUGAUGCCGUUGCGAAGGUUUUAUGCGAUGAUAAGGAGAUGCAGCGUGGCAUCAGUAGGUCCCUGGGUGCCAUCCACGACAUUGAUGAGCAGCUGGUUGCUAUCGAUUCCCUAAGCGAAAAAGGCCUCGGUUUGCAGCUCCAGCGCGACGCCCGCGACGCCCGCGACGCGCGGCGCCUGGCCACGCCUCUGGCGCCGCCGACGGCCCAGCCACCGACGCCAGAGAUGCGACAGAGCACACCCGCUCGUCCUCCCCGCGCGGAACGCUUUGUGAUGUGGUCACCAAUGGUGGAUGCGCAUAUCGCCGUGCGCGAUGCCGACGAACUCAAUGAGGUGGAUCGAAGUACGUUGAUCCUGGAGGUACCUAGGCCUCUAAAAGGCUCCACCUCUUUGCCUGAGCUGAGACGUGAGAGCCAGGAGAUCAAGUCACGCAGAAGAAAGGUACAACCAGACGCUGCAGCAGAACUGCGACGGAGUGCUUUGAACAUGGGCCUGCCACCGCAGCUGACUACGACCUACAAUUCUCAGUGUAUGGUUCCGGUUCAGAAGGCCGUGGAUCCAAAGUGGUCCAGUGAUUUGAAACGAGCGGACUGGCGCAAUGCCCAACGCAUCCAGUAUGACAACCGUCUUUCGGCAUCGACCACUGGCUCCAUUUCUCCAGAGAUGCACUUUUUGGAAAGACAUCAUUGAGAGCGACAUAUCAAACCGCGCUGGUUUGGGCAAGGUUUGUUGUCAGCUACUCCUAGCUUGAGCUGCAACAACUGCUCCAGUCUCUUGGAAUCCCAUGUUUGUUGCUUCAAAGAAGUGCUUUGACC